AUGUCGUUUGGAAGAAAGAUUCGCGGAUUGACUCCUCGCUCAUUCCAGCUUCGGCUUCAGGGAGAGUCCUCCGUUUGGAUCAACGAUGACAUCCGACCACUGCCACCCUCCCGCCGCCUCUGGGACAUGUGGGCAUACAUAUCCUUCUGGGCCAUCAACCAGAUUGCUCUGAGUAACUGGCAGAUUGGUGCCUCGCUGAUUGCGGUUGGGCUCUCAGUCUGGCAAACAAUGAUUGCAGUCAUCAUCGGCAAGAUCAUCAUAUCUGGGGUGGCUAUCUGCAACGGGGCUAUCGGUGCUCGCUGGCAUAUUGGUUUCCCUGUGCUAUCGCGAGGGAUCUGGGGAGUCUAUGGGGCGUACAUCAUCAUCGUUCAGCGCAUCGUUCUCAGCUUGACCUGGUUCGCAGUUCAAUCAUGGACAGGAGGGCUUUGCGUCACGGCAGUGUUGAGUUCGAUCUUCUCCUCCUUCCACCACAUGCACAACACUCUUCCCGAGUCCGCCAACACCACCACCAAGAACUUGGUUGGGUGGGUGGUGUACAAUAUCAUCACCAUCCCCAUCCUCUACAUUCCUCCGGAAAAGACUCGACGGCUGCUUUACGUCAUGAACACUAUCUCGGUCAUCACGCUCAUCUCUAUUAUGAUCUAUGUCUUGUCGACGGCAGGCGGCGCCGGGCCGUUGCUCUCAGCGCCGGCAACAGCAAAGUCUGGCAGUCAGCUAGGCUGGGCUAUUGUACAGGGUAUCACGACCGUGAUUGGCGGUAUUGCCGUCGGGCUGACCAACCAAGCCGACUACUCACGGUUUGCUCGACGUCCUGGAGAUCAGAUCUUCGGGCAAUGGUUUUCGAUUCUCACCCUGGGUACGAUAUUGCCGCUCUUCGGGUGUCUAACAAGUUCUGCAUCUGUGAAGCUCUAUGGCGAAGCCUACUGGAACCCACCGGAUUUGUUGCUGCGAUGGCUUGAUGACGACUAUAACUCCAAAGCUCGAGCAGGAGCUUUCUUCGCUGGGGUAGGGCUUGUGGUGUGCCAACUAGCCAUCAACACCAUCGACAACGCUUUCUCUGCAGGGAUGGACAUGGCAGGCUUCGUCCCAAAGUACUUUAACAUCCGGCGAGGCGCCUACUUUGCCCUUGUCCUCUCGAUUGCCAUGUGCCCGUGGGAGCUACUCGCCUCGGCAGGGACCUUCAUCAGCGUUAUGGGGGCAUACUCGGUCUUCCUGGGCCCGAUGUGCGGCAUUCAGAUCUGCGACUACUUCCUUAUCCGACGUCGACGGGUCAAGCUCUCCGACCUCUACACUCCGUCUUCGUCUGGAAUUUAUUACUACUUUCGUGGCGUUAACUUGCGCGCGUUCGCGGCCUGGGUGUGUGGCUGGGCACCUCAGCUCCCGGGAUUCAUUGCCAACGUCAACAGCAGCGUCUCCGUGCCCAAAGCAAGUAUGGAAAUGUUCUACCUCGCCUUUCCCCUAGGCCUGGCCAUCAGCUUCACUAUCUACUACGUGCUGAACAGGGUGUUUCCGCCUCAAGGAGUCGGCGAGUACGAUGAUGUCGAUUACUACGGGACGUUUAGUCUCGAUGAGGGAGCUCAGCUUGGAAUCUCUCCUCUGGAAGAGAUCAAUGGAGAGGAGACGAUGACGGAGAAGGGCGCCAUGAAUGAACGAGUCACUCGGGAGAAGUGA